AUCGAAACGAAACGAGAAAUGAAAAUGACAGUAAAUGAUAUAAACCAAAUUAGAAAACAUAUUACCGAAAUAUUUAAUUCAGCACAGGUUACAGCAGCCGUUCAUCAAAAAAAUUCAGUUUUGUUGAAGAGACUUUAUGAAACUUCUGAUGGCGAAUUAUUUACUACCGAAUUUAAGAAAAUUUUAGUACCCAUCUUAACAACAGACGGUGGUACAACAUUUAUUGAAAAAACAAUGAAUUUUGUGGCUAGCUUUUGUUCGGUACUUAAACCCAAUCAACCAGACUGUAAUGAAACAGAUAACUACAUAGAACAUCCAUUUGUAUUCGAAAUAAUUUCAUAUCUUCUAGAGACAUCUGAACUGGAGAACGAUAUAGUACGAUUCAGAUCAUGCCAGUUAAUCAAUAAAAUAUUGGAUCACUUGGUCGGAUCUGAUGUUAGUAAUUUAUUGUGCGAUAAAUUAGAGGAAUCUCUAUUAAAACGUAUCCAUGAUCCUAAAAAUAUAGUAAGGCAACAGGCAGUCUUAGCAUUACAUCGCUUACAAGAUCCAACAAAUGCACAAGAUGUAAUUAUUAUGGAGUUAAUUGGGUUAAUGAACCAUGACACCUUAGCAAAGGUAAGGUUGCUAUGCAUUGAAAAUAUCGCGUUACGGGCAGAUGUUACCAAUCAUAUUAUUAAAAGAAUUAGAGAUGUGGAUGUAAAUGUUAGGUUAGCUGCUUACAAAAGACUUACAAAUUUUGCGAAAUAUCUCAAGAUAUCACAGAAAAGGCACAUUCUCCACUGUGGCUUUUUAGAUACCUCGGAUAAAGUUGUAGAUUUUAUGACUACACACUUGAUCCCAAAUUGGUUGGACCACUACCAGGACAACGUUUUACUUUUAAUGAAGUCCGUAAGGUUGGAUGCUAAUGAAAGUGAUAUUGAAGAAACUUUAAUUUUAUUCGGACAUAUUUUAAGAACCAUUUUUAAAACCAAACCACUAAGGGAACUAACGCAAUUAUUAAACCUGGACGAUACAAAAUUAAUACCGGCGGAGUGUUUAAAUUGGGAAACUGCCUGUUACUGGAGACUUUACGUUCAGUUUUUAAGUAAACGUGAAGAAUUCGAGGACGAAUUGGAUAAAGUUGUACCUGAAUUAGUUUUCUUCUGCCGAUAUGUGAAAGAGUACUACUCCAAAAAGGAAACGGGUACUGCGACUGUUGAUUUUUUGGAAAAACAGUUCAUCCUCAAACAGUUAUUUCUAAUUAUCAAAACUUAUGAUUUUGCAGAUAUUAUUAACAGGCAAUGUUUAAAUUCGUUGGUGUGCAAUAUUUUAGAAAAGGUCGAUCUUAUGUCAGACGUAAUCGAAGUCAUAAUUAAGUCAUUGGAAAAUUCCAUUCCCAAUGUUAAUAGCAGAUCUCAAUUCGUUAGUGAGGUAAUAUCAGAAAUCAUGUUUCCCAUGGAUCCCGAGAAGUCUCAAGAAAGGGAACGAGAAAAGGAGUUUCAACUAUCUAAAGUUAUGGUAGAAAUAAACUGCUUAUUAGAGAAACAAAACACGGCUGUAAAGGAAGAAAAUUUCAUGGAAGCCGAACGUUUUAAAAGAGAACUUAUCGAAGUUAACGCAGCAUAUAAGGAAUUGAAAAAUUCGCAGGACGUACCACAACAAGUACAGAAAAGGACCGACAUACCGACCAUAAUAAAAUAUCUAGACGUUGCGGCCAGUCUUCUGUUAUCACCGCAAAUCACCGAGUUAAACUCAACACUUAGAGCGCUAAAAAAUGAUGUUAUCCAAGAAUUGUUAAUACACGACAACGAUAACGUUCGAGCAAAGGCACUAAGAUGUUACGCCUUAUGUUGCAUCGUUGACAAAGACAGCGCUUCGAACGGCAUUCACAUUUUUUCAACUCCGAUAUUUGCGUAUCAAAGUGGAGAAGAGUGCGACACGCAGACACUCAUUGUGUGCAUAGGAGCCACCGUCGACUUGCUGAGAAUAUACGGAGCCCAGUUAAUUGCUGCCCCAGAUGACAAUGUACCAUCGGAGAGUAUGGAAGAAGCCCACGAGCGGGUGUUCGCUGGUGGGACUUCUCUUACCGAUUUAAUUCAGGGUCUAGUCGAUCUUAUGGAUGAUGAGCAAUACGAGAUUCAGGAGAAAGCUGUCUGGGGUCUGUGCCAGUUGAUACUGAGCGAUACGAUACACUCGUCUUCGCUUAUUUCCCGUCUUGUAUUAAAAUGGUGUAGUCCAGCUUCAGAUGGGGAAAAUGAUGACGCCCAAAAACUCACUCAAAUAAUUGGAUUUACGUUGCAAAGAGUACCUAUGACGGCCACUAUCGACCAACUUGAACAGGCUGUACUUAUGACUUUAAAGGUAUUGGCAUACGCUCCUAAAAUUAGCCCCCUAGCAGAUGUAAACAUCGACAAUAUCGCAAAUUUCAUGAUAGCUCUGUGCAAGACGUCACCAAAGUACACCCAGAUUCAGGCGAACCUAGCGCUAAAAAUUUGUUUCGAAAUAAAAGAUAACCCGAAAACUAAAUUUAAUGUAACUUUAUCCAAGAUGCUUCUGCUGUUGGAUAUAUCCGAUAAACUAAUUAUUAGGGAUUUGUUGAAGAUAUGCGAUGAAAUACGAGAUAAUAUUAGAGAGCGUCUCGUUUUAACGAAUAUAGUCAAAUUUACAGCCUCGCUGAAUAAAAAAAAUCUUGACUGUUCCACUGUAGAAGAUGGAAGUGAUGAAAAUCAGAACACGGCUGAUAUGUCAGAAGCAGUUUAAAAAAGCUUUGUGUACUAAUACUUGUAUUUAUUUUGGUUGCACUUAUAAUGUUUUAUACAAAUUCCAAGGAAUGGAAUUCCAAGGAGG